GGCUACUGCUGAGGAUGACUUGCAAAUGCACAAUUCUGUCUCUCUGCAGUCACCACCAGGGCAACAAACCCUGUCCGUGCGGGCUCCACCAUUACUUUGAUCUGUGAAAUAUCCACAAAGCCACGUGGACGUAUUUACUCCAGGUAUCGUGAUGGCGUUUAUUGGUAUCUCGAUGGCACCGUGCAAUCCUCCAUGACGAAGAGAAGCAACCGGCUCGCGUGUCUCAAACACAACUCGGGCUCUUGGACCUGCGCGCCGCGCGUCAGAGGCAGCGCAGAAGUCGCAUCUUUUGGACAUUAUCUUGACGUGUACGAUCCACCAAUGACCAUGAAUACACCUGUUGAUGCAAGCAUCUGGAAAGCAACACACGAGGCUCCUUCCACCACCACGCCUGCCUCCUCCUCGCUCUUCACCUCCCCUCCCAGCAGCAGCAGCAGCACGCCGCCUCCCCCCGUCUCCGACCGCGUCCCCGCGGCGUUGGUGGCAGCGGUGGGCCUCCUCUCGACCGCCCUCCUCCUGGCCGCGCUGCUGGGGGGGGUCGCGUGCUUCGUCUUCUCACGCCGCGCGCGAGAUGGCCUUGCCGGGGGUUCGGUUCGAUGCGGACUUUCACCUGUUUGGGAUUGCGGGAUCGAGACAAGGCGACACGGAGCUGCUGGCCGUGCGAGAAGACCGCCGUCUGCAGAUCCAUUCCAACCCGCACGGCUGGCACGCACCCAUCAGCUGCAGGCGGUCAAGGCACCAGUUCAUCUGGUCCGGGAGCCAAUCACCCACAUCCGAAAUGUUCCAGGGCCUCGUCACAUCCAAGCAUCUACAGCAGCUGCAAGUCCACGCCACGGAGUUGUGUACGCAGAGGUCAGGAGACUGAAAGGCUGCCGGCACGAUGGCAACGCAGACGCCGUUUACGACAACUACGACCCCGUGAGACCUACAGAUGACGAUGUCUCCAGUGACUAUGAUGUUUGUGUGGACUCUUACGAUUCACAUAGUCCAGAAGGCACGCUGGGUCAUCAGCAGCAGCAGCCCGGCACAAUGUAUGCUGUGGUGCUGCAGCACUGCAUCAGACAAGAGGCAGACUUACACCUCUACGAUGCGGCCAUGUGAGAAGGUGCCGACUGAUAUGGAGCACGUGAGACUCAGUGCAGUGUUGCCAGAGGAGUCCAACAACUCUUCUGAUUAUAUCUACAACAUAAUAAGCUUGACUCUUUACCCAGCCUCUUUCAUGGCCUUGUCCCUCCAGUGUGAGACCAGAAAAUUCCAAAAGGUGAAGAAUACAAACAAACUGCUUUGAUAUGUAUGCAUUGUCCUUAGAGCUGAUUGGCCUAUACCAUUAUUAUUAUUAUCAUACCAGAGCUACAGUUUCCUUCAUGGCCUUGUCUCUGCAUCAGUGUUAGACCAGAGAACAAUGCCAACAGCAAAAAGGCAGUGUAAGUGUAAGUAUCAAAGCAUUCAUUGCUCAGGUUGAGCACUUAUACCUGUGGGACCUGUUUUUGGUGUAGGCCAAUCAGUUUCAGGGAUAAUGUGUAUAUUAUUAUCAAAGCAUGUUUGUGGGAAUGUUUUACCACAAGGAUGACGUGUGGUUAAUGCAGACCUGAUGCAGCCUGCCAGUAUGUGUCUAUUUGGUGUUUGAACAUUUAAACAUCUUCAUUAUUUUGGGUAAAACCUAUUUUUUAAUCACUCUUCUGAUCGCUUUCGAGAGCAUAAUUUCGGGUCGUCACCUGCUCCACAGACAAAACCCGGACACAUUUCUCAGUCAGCCUCGGUCUGUUGUCAAAACCCGGCAGUUGUUCUCCAAGAACAAGCAGCGGUGCACCGGGCGGCUAAAACGCAACAAGUUGGCACAGUAGGGGGCACGGGUGGUGCAUCUGUCAGGCGUCUUAGUCAACCCAUGGCACCUGGAUCUGUCCCGUGACCUCCUGCUAGCGAGCGAGCCUUUGACUUUUCACGUGAACGCCUCGGAGUGCCCCUAGCCUGGCACAAGCACCGUGGCAAUGUCACCGCCACUGUCGUUGGUGCCCAUACGACUGCGAGAAUGCUCAGGGCGGUGGUAGGACAGGGAGCUGGACGCUCACUCGUUCCCUUUGUCCACACGGUACGGGAGUUAGAGGUGGGAGCGCGGGAACGCCGUCGCGUAACUCACAACGUUGCCUUUCAUCACGAAGGGGGUGACCUCUUGGCGGUGGCCGUGUGUGAAGCCACGUGGGCGACUGGCCGAGGGGGUUACUGUCUCUACGGCCCGUACCGCCCGGCGGCCCGUGGACGCUGCCGUGCUCUCAGUGCCCGUCUGCGCUUCUUGAAACGGCUAACGCAGGGAACCCCGUGGGUCACGGAAUCUGCCUCUCGUGACCUGCACGGCCGUGGACACCGUCCACACCCUUGAAAGUUAGAUGCUCCAUCUCAACGGGUUUUCCACGUGAAAUAUUGUUUUCGAAAAUAAACUUAAGUAAAAGCAUCUGUGGAUAUGAGAGGUAUUUCACUCGAGCGCUGUCUGGCUCUACUUGUUUAGUUCAGCCAAUGAUGGGGUCAGUGUCUGGUGUCCUCCCUCAAGCAGAGUUUAUUACAAAUAUUAAAGUACCAUACAACCGAGAGUAUACUUGAGAAUAUGUAUCAAGAUAAACGUAUAUUAUCAUGCUAUGACUGCACUUGUCAUUUAGAGCAAGCUAAUGUCAACAUUGUAAAAUUUGUUGGUGGAGCAUUGAAUAAUUUCGCUUAUAUAUUGUUUACUUUGUUUCAGCCAAUUCGCCUGCCGAUGUCCCUCCAACCCCUAUCGCUGCUCC